GAAAUAUAUUAGAUCACUUUUCCAAGCCGCCAUCUUGUCGUGUUGACUGUCCAGAGUCCACGGCAAUAAAACGUAUAAUUUCACCUCCAAAAAACCCCUAGAAAAGCUUUCUUGGUGUCAUAAUGUCAGGGAAAGAAGUACACGAGCUUACUAUCACCCCAAUUACUUGUUUCGCCUUUAACAAGGCUCGCAAUCAGCUGGCGAUCUGUCCUAAUGACAACACUGUUCACAUCUAUAAGAAAUCGGGGAACAAGUGGACAGCAGACGUAGUUUUAAAUGAGCAUGGCCAGCGUGUUACUGAUAUGGAUUGGGGACAGGAGAGUAAUCGUCUGGUCACUUGUGGUGCUGACAGGAAUGCUUAUGUAUGGACCUUGAAUGAUGGGCAGUGGAAACCUAUGCUUGUGAUUCUGCGUAUUAACCGUGCAGCCACCUGUGUCCGUUGGUCUCCAAAAGAGGACAAAUUUGCAGUUGGCAGUGGUGCUCGAUUGAUCUCUGUUUGCUACUUUGAGAAGGAUAAUGACUGGUGGGUUAGCAAGCACAUCAAGAAGCCUAUUCGCUCAACCAUUCUGAGCAUUGAUUGGCAUCCAAACAAUCUUCUUCUGGCCUCUGGUUCUUCUGACUUUAAAGCAAGAAUUUUCUCAGCCUUCAUCAAGGAUGUAGAUGGCAAGACCAACUGUGACACAGAGUGGGGAAAGAAGGCAGCAUUUGGUAACUGUCUUGCUGAAUUCUCCACUGGUAGUGGUGGCUGGGUCCAUGGAGUGUCAUUCUCUGCUUCUGGUCACAAGCUUGCAUGGGUUGGUCAUGACUCUAGCAUCAGUGUGGUGAAUGCUGACCAUGAUAACAAGGUUGUCACUGUGCACACUAAUUUCCUUCCUUUGCGGCAGUGCUUGUGGAUCACUGAGCACAGUAUUGUAGCUGCAGGCCAUAACAACUUGCCGUAUCUUUUCACUCAUGAUGACAAUGAUAAGUUGACCUUCAUUGAGAAGAUGGAUGCACCCAAAAAGAAGGAAGACACUGGGACAAUGAGUGCCAUGGCUAAGUUCCGUACCUUGGACAAGAAGGGGCAAGGUGCUGAUGAAUCCAGCAGUUCAUCGUCAAACACAACUCACCAGAAUGCCAUCAACAAACUGGAGCUCUACUCAGGAACCAAAGAUGGUGCCACAAAGUUUGUCACCUCUGGCAUUGAUGGGCGUCUUGUGAUUUGGGACAUCAAGACAUUGGUGUCUUCUAUUUCUGGCUUGAAGAUUGCUUGAAGCUGAAAUCUGGAAAACAGAAUCCACAGCUAUAUUCCUAAUAUUCAUUUACUCUGCACUUACAAUUUUUAUGAGGAUCAUUUCCUGUGUCUUAAUGAUACAAGAAAAAUCCUUCCCUUCUUUUUAUUUUUAUAUGUUUGUUAAUGGUUAACAUUAUUUUUCGAAAAUAAAGAAACAAUGACAGAUGCUA